GCCAGACUGGGGCAGUCACACAGAAAGCUGUGUCUCUGUGAUUAGCCAGACAGGCCCAAGUUUAAAGUCAACAGCACACCCAGCAUCAGCAAAAACACUUCGUGACAGCGAAAUUAAAAAAAAACAUUGAAACUGCAGUCCAGCACAUACCUACAGAACUUAUACGUCAAAUAGUUACAGCACUGCAGUUGAAGUAAAUGUAUAAACAUGUAAAUCCCCAAGAAUCAGAAGAGUGAAUAAAGAAGAAUGGAAAAGAUCAUUCACAUGGAAGAAAAAGUACGAGGGAGAAACAGGCCUUGUAGAACCACUAAUGGAAGAAAUAAACUACACUGUAGAUAUUUAAGAAGAAGCAUGAUGGCUGCGUCCAUUCCUUUAGUGGGAGGCCACAUAAUAUGUAUCUAAGAACAUGCAUGAAGUGCCAUAGAAUGGGAAUUGAAAAUGUUUGUGACUAAAUCCUGGAGAAGAUUAUAACUACAUUUUCAAAAAGACAACAGUGGAGUUGGUUCCUCUUUCUGCUGUUACCUUCAAGUUUACAAUGGCAACAUUUUUGUGACUUGGUGGCUAAUACUUUGUCGGUUUGGAACAUCAACUUUUGUUGCACAACUGCUUUUAGAGAUUGUUUAUCUGCAGAUGAAAUGUACCGCAAUUAGAAAUGGACUGUCAAGACCAGCAAUGGAGGUGUCCUGGCUACUUUCUGUUCGAAAUCGCUCAGUGAGGAUAAGUUGAAGUUGACAUUGCAAGCUUUGCUUGGAAAACAGUAUGCAGGAAGCUGAUCUUCAAUCCACAAAUGCUUUAAAAGAGUGCAAAUUUCCCUGCACCAAUGGCAACUGUUCGAAAUUUGGAAACUUGAUUUGCAACCAACUAAAUGAUUGUGGAGAUAAUAAUGAUGAAGAAAACUGCCCACUAGUAACUGAGCAUCCACCUCCAACAAUCUUUAACUCUGAACAAGAAUUUGUCAAGAUAAUUGUCAUUGUUGUGGCAAUGACAGUAAUGGUGGUCGUGAUAAUUUGCUUGCUGAACCACUACAAGCAUUUAACAAGGUCUUUCAUAAACCGGCAAAGUCAGGCCAGGCGGCAAGAGGAAGCUUUACAGUCUGAAGGGGGCCUAUGCCCAACAGAUAGUACAGUAUCUCAUCACGGUGCUUCAGAGCUGAUGUCUACUCCAAGAUCAAGGGACAGAUUUACAGCCCCAUCAUUCAUGCAGAGGGAACGCUGUAGCCGCUUUCAACCCACGUACCCCUACAUGCAACAUGAGAUUGAUCUUCCUCCUACUAUUUCACUGUCAGAUGGAGAGGAACCUCCUCCAUAUCAGAGGCUUUGUGCAUUGCAACUUCGAGAUCCUGAACAACAAUUGGAACUCAAUCGUGAGUCUGUCAGGGCUCCACCUAACAGAACCAUAUUUGAUAGUGACUUGAUCAAUGUCUCUAUGUAUAGUGGAGGACCACGCCCACCAAGCAACAAUUCAGGCAUAAGUGCAACAAAUUAUAGCAGCAAUGGAAGGAUGGAAGGACCACCACCCACUUACAGUGAGGUCAUGGGUCAUUACCCAGGGUCAGCAUUUUUCCAUCACCAGCACAACGUGCCUCCUUCAACACAGAGAGACAGUGAACACCAUUUUCAGCAGGCUAGUGAAGACAGUACAAUUGUCCCAUUUAGAGGGAAGGACUUGAAUGCAGGAAAAAUUGUUUAACUAUCUGUGAACUGAAACAGGUGUGGCACCAUUGAGUUGCACUCUUGUGACACACUGUUAUUCAGUGGGAAUUGUUACAAUUUAGUAAAACCAAACAAAGUCGUUAACUUUCUUUGAGGAGUGCAUGAUAUAGUGAUUCUAACAGUAUAUAACUUCCACUUUGGCAAACUAGCAGCUUUUGGCAAACAGUUUUUGUAUCUGGGUUAUUUCAUUUUAAAAAUUCUUAACAUAGAAUUUCUGAUGUUAGCUUAUAGAUAUUUUUUGUAGUAACUGAAUUGCCUGAGAUGGAUGCAUAAGGUGUUUAAUGAUAACUAUACCUUUUUGGCCAGUUUUGUGAUAUUUUCAAACAGAAAAAAACUUAAAUUCCUUUUGAGUGCCAAGACAAUAGAGUGGAAGAAAAAAAAAUGCAAUGAAUUAACUUGUUUGUGAAAAAAUUAAAUGUUGCACUAUUUUCUUGUUUGAAAAAAAGGGGAAUUGCUUUAGUGGAAAACUUAAAACUGUCUUUACUGAGUUUCACAUAUGUGAAAAUAAGAGAAUUUCUAAGGAUGCAGGUGAUUUAGUUAGUGUUUUCAAUGCAUGGAGGUUGUUUGUGAAAAGAGAUUUCUGGUUGCACCCUAAUGCCUAUUUACACAGGAAGUGGAAAAUACAGGGACACAAUCUGUUAACUGUCAUUGCAAUAACUAUUAGGAACAAUAUGAUGAGAAUUUAAAUCUUGAAGUUCACAAGAUGGAAGGUGGUUUAAGCUCCAAAUUUGCAGCUGUUUAAAAUAUAUAUAGUGAUGCAUAAUUUCAACUGCUCAAAGAUUACAGCAUAUUUGCACAUCCUUAACAUUAGUCUCACUGAAAUUAAUAAAAAUGUAUUAUAUAAAUUGGACGUUAUAAGGUACCACA